AUGGCAUCCCCAGAGGCCAUCCUGCAUCUCGCCGUACUUCAUGCUCUGUCACAAGCAGGGUUCGCUUCGACUUCUCGCGCCGCUUCCCUCUCCCUCUCCUCGGUGCUUGGACGAUACCUUCAGGUAGUCGCUACAGAAUGUGUACAGCGGGCCCAUAUGGCCGGACGAGGGAAGCCCGGGGCGAUGGAUGUGGCUGUGGUGUUGAGGGAGAUGGGUAGUGGAGUCGAAGAGGUAAUGGAUUGGACGGCGGAGAGGGAGAGUAGAUCGAUGUUGACGGGUGAAAUGGAGGAUUUGACAUCAUAUCUGCGAGAGGGAUUAUCGACCGAUCACGAGGAAGAAUUAUUUCACAUGUCUUAUGUUCCUAUAGACGAGAUCCCACCAGAUCAGGAUUCUACCGACGACGAAGAAGGAGAGAAUAGCACCUCAUCCCCCAUACAAAAUGGCAAGCAAGUUCACAGUGAAUCCGAUGGUCCACCCUCAUCCCCCAACGGUCAUUUAUCUUCCACCCUCACAGGGUCUAGCUCCACACUGGUCAAAGAAGAACCCUCAUCAACCUCUUCGUAUCCAUUAAUAAUACUGCGACCUUAUUCACCAGAUUUAUUAUGGCUUCCACCUCUCCCAAAUGAGUCUGACCCAGCCUCAUCUCACGCCCCUUUGGCAGCUCUACCACUCUCCAUCCAAUCUUCUAAACUUUCCCUUGAAGAGAAGUUCCGUACUCGUUCUACAUUCUCCUCUUCCUCUCUUUCCUCCACCUUCAGCGAUCCCUUAACAUCUAAUCCCAUCAGUGACCUCGACGUCUUUGCUCCCACUCCUUCCUCUUUGAAAUCUCUACUGUCUACCUACGCAGCAACAGCAUCAGACCUUUCUGUAACAUUACAACAGAAUGAACUUCGUUGGCAAUUAUCCGAACAUCUUCGUCGUUCUCCUUUCCCACCUCUAACACCUAUUCCAACUCUAUCUUUAGCAUCUUCAUCCCUUCCAGGUCCACGUAUAACCCCUAUAGUACCCUCACAUACCCCUACACUACCCUCAAGACUUGUACCUCUUCAUCGACUGGCACCCACUCUUCUCUCACAUCUGUUGGAAUCUAUGCGCUCUCCUAAUCUCCCUCCAGGAUUAAGAGAAAGACUCACAUCUCUCCGUACACCAUUAGCGUUCAAACGUGAAAACGGACAGUUGAUGUUGUAUGGUGAAUCCAUUCAUGGUCCCGAUGCUGUAGCUCUUUCUCGAGCUCGAGGGAAAACAGAAGGAGAGGAGAAAAGGGAAGAGUAUAAAUCAACUUGGGAUCAAGGUCCUCGAGGUAGUAAAAGAUGGGCAAGUGGUGAAUUACCUACCGGAAGGAAAGUCAUAAAGUUUUCAGAAGGGGAAACACCUCGAAUGGCAGUCAACGUGUCUAAUACAGAUUCAACUCAGGACGCAGUCGAGUUCGUGUCAGGAUUAGGGACGAAGGAGAAAGCUAAAAUUCGAAUCAAACUUGGUGAAGGUGAUAGAAGUGCAAGUCCAAGAGAAGGAAGUCUUACUCCCGGUGAUUUCACGCGAAAGGUUUCGUCACCGAGCAUCGGAUGGCCAGGUGUUCAUGGAGGUGGAGCAGUAAGUCCUAUCAAUUUAGAUGGGACAGGAGGUGGAGUCCAUUUGUAA